GAAUCCAGACUGCAUUCUUCGCGAAAAAAAGAAUAACCUCAUUUGAAACAUCGCCAAGGUGGGGGAUCGAAACCGGAAAUGAUAUGUGAGCAGUGGGAGCUGCUGCGAAAACGGUAAACACCGGAACGUGAGAAUGUCAGAAUCUCCCGGUGAUCGAAUCGUCCGACUUCUUCCAACUGUUACCACUGAUCGGUUGAUUGCAUAAAUUUGUGUUCUACUUGGUCUAGAUCAGUAGCAGUUCUUCCGAACAGUGGACCACAUUAAUUAAUUUAUCAUCCUGCGUUGUGAGGAAUAAUAGAAACAUAUCUGAGAAAAAAAAACAGAGCCGAGGAUUAAGACGACGGUUAAACGAAGAAGGACCAUUUUCCUGAAAUAAUGGGCAACAAUGCUGACUAUGAUGAGGCUGUAGCCAAUCUACGCGCCUGUCUGUUAUCAGCUAAAGGCGGUGUCUCGUUGUCCGAAUUAAACAAUGACUAUAAAAAAAUCGUCGGGGAAAGUUUACCCUACAGAAAACUGGGUUAUCCGUCCCUUGAAGAUUUCCUCAGUGAUAUUCCCGGGCUCCUUAUCACCAAGCGAGGGAAUGAUUGGAAUAUUAUCGCCAGACCGACGGAAGACACCGUUCACCUGGCACAGAUGAUAGCUAGACAAAAGUCCUCGUCGUCCAAGAAUCGCACGCGAGGAUUGACCGCCAAACGCAGAAGACCUGUCGCCAGAUCAGCCAGAGCACCGUCGCAAUUCGACAUGCCGUCUAUCAACUCACAGCAGAGAAGAGGGCCUAGCACAAAUUAUCGAGCUGUCCAGAGAGUCCCGAGCUUGCCACCUUUGAUGCAGAUUCCACCAAAGAAAACUAUACCGCCACUGAUGGAGAAACCACCUCGAUACAUGCUGCCGAAUCCAGGAAUUCCGCAAGCCUCUCCGAGCAAGCAAUUGUCAGACCGAAUGGCAAACAAAUCAGCGAAUUCUAUCACCGGAAAUCAGCCUCAGAUUGUCGCCUACAAGAAUAAAGUUACGACGCAAGAUUCACACAAUGAGAAGCGCACCCCGCUAACAUCGACGCCUCUGAUUCCGUCGAGACCAGGCCCGUCCACCCAGGCGAGGAAUUCCGAAACAGUUCAGACGCAGUCAAAAGCUAUGAAAACGAUCAGCGACCGGCUCAACUUCAAGCCUCAGACCAGUCCUAGUACACCGACUGUUCUUUCACCGCUCUCGCCCAGUCAACUAGUCGCAGCUGCUGCCGCAGCUGAAAGCGUCGCCUCUUUGACUCCACCUGGAACGCCGAAAACUCCACAGGCUCCAAAGAUGUGGCCUCUAAGUUCUCAGCACCAGAAUCCGUGCAAACAGGUGGAAAUCUACGCGGAAAGCAUGAAGCUUCCGAAACCCUCAUACAAGGUUGUUAAGUUUGCCACAAAACGACAAGGUUCCUUCUUCUAUUGUAGAGUAAAGAUCGGUUUGUACAGCUGGACGAGUUAUCCGGAAGAGAUAGCCACGUCUGAAGAAGCGACCCGAGUCGUGGCAGCCAAAGCGCUGCAUGAAUUAUUGCAGAUAAACGGUCCUCUAUCUAGCCUCACGGAGACGACCAAUAAGAACCUGGUCAAGGAUCGCGUGGUUACGAUAGUUGCUGAGCACCCGAACGGAGUUUUUAUGCACCAAAUACCGAAGUAUUAUCAGGAGCAAUUCAAGGAAAAUUUGCCCGAAGAUUGGGAGAAGAUAAUCGUGGAAACCUCAGACAUUUUCAAGGAAAAAGGUGCCCAUGAUUCGACGAUUCUCUGCCUACCGUAUUCAAGCCCACGAUCCAAACACCGCAAUUCAAACAGCGUGGCGGAAGCGAUAUCACCCAGGGUGGAAAAGAUCGAGCUAAAUCCUAUCGGUCCUCCAGUUCCCGGAGUUCUGAAACCGCCUGUCGACGAGUACUGGGAUCUUUGCGUCACUUGUGUUUUAGACACGACAGACAUUUGGGCGAGGCUGAUAGGCGAAGAGUACAGCGAGAGAGUUGAAAGCAUGCUGAACGAGCUGGAAAGCUACUAUCAAAAAGUCUCUACUGUUCCGGGAGUAAGAGACAUCGAAGUUGGAAAGUAUUACGCGGUUCAAGUUGAAGAAUACUGGCACAGAGUUCAGUGCUUCGAGUACAAUGCAAAAACCGGCAUGGCCGUGAUUUUUUUCAUCGAUCACGGAGACGACGACACCUAUCAUUACAGCAAACUUUAUCGUUUGGAAAAACAGUUCUGCAAAGUUCCUGCACAGGCCGUCAAAUUGACACUCGCUAACUUGGAGGCGUUCAACGAUUGCGCCGAGGUGAUCGAGUACUUGGAAGAAGUUUUACUUGGACAGAUACUCGUUGCCGAGGUCGUGAGCCGAGAGCUUGGGGACGAAGUGACGGCGUCCGUCAUUCUCUACGACACUAGCAAAGAGCAGGAAGUUAAUUUGAACGAUCUUCUGUUCAACAGGAUUAGCGAGAAUAUACUUACUCCGAAGCUGAAUCAGGGUCAUGUCUCCGAGGUUUACGUUUCCCACGUGACUGAGAAUGGCGAUGUGUAUCUGCAUGUGAAAUCGGACAGCAUGAAGUACCUCGUGAGCCUGAUGAACACGCUAAUACAGACGGGUCUCACGAGCGAGGACAUACAGAGGAGCGAAGUCAAGAAUAUAGACAGAAGCAAACUGUAUCUAGUCAGAUGUGUGGAGGACGGAAAUUGGUACCGAGGAAGCGUAGUGAACAUCGAAGCUCACAACAGGGUCGACAUCUUUCUUGUCGAUUUCGGCAAGACUGUCGUUGUCAGGAAGAAACAAGACCUUCUCGCCCUCGAUCAACUCUCCGAAAUUCUUCCGAAGUACCCUUAUCAGGCCUUCAAAGUACGACUGCACAACAUUCCAGAGGCGAUGUUCAGUAGUGAAAUGGCGACGAAACUGACUCUGCUUGUUCCGCCGGAUCAAGUGAUUCUAGUAAAGAUUGUCACCCCGGCUUCAGGAUCAAGUCCUCCGAUAGUUGAGCUUGUCAAACGUUGCGAGCCGAACAAUAUGGUCGUAUCGAUAAACAGCACAUUAGCCAUGGACCCGAAUUUAACCGGGUCCAACGGUGAUGGCAAUAACAAUACUACACGCCCUAAGAAACGACUCGAAAGAUCAGUCUCGAGGCACAGUGCGACCGGUGGUGGAGAAUUAUUGACGAAGAACUUAAGACCACCAGUGAUACCGGACUUUGGUCGCUACUUCGACGUUCAUAUCACGAUGGCAGCGAGUCCUGGAAACUUUACAGUUCAACCUUACGACGACAGGGUGCAUCUUGAGGCAAUGAUGGUCCAGCUUCAGGAAGUUUGCAUUAAUUAUACGGGAUCUGCUCCACUACCGGAUUCAAUCAAGGAAGGAAGUUUGUACGCUGGUAGGCAUUUCGACGGUCAUUUUUACAGGGUAUGCGUAUCCAAGAUAAUAAAUGACCAAAUGGUUACCGUCUAUUUCUGCGAUUUCGGGGACUUUUCUGUCCUUUCUACAGACAAGUUGCAACCGCUGGGACGCCAGUUUCUUGAUUUGCCAUAUCAGGCGAUUAAAGCCAGACUUGUGGGAAUUCAGCCACUGAACAUAGAUUGGUCGGUGGAAGAUUGUCUGCGUUUCCAAGAACUUGUAGUCGAGCGAAACUUCGUCUCUAUAGUCGUCGAUUCGGGACCUGAUCGACUAUCUCCAGGCGACACAGUACUGGGACUGAAACUUAUAGACGUUAGCGAAGAAACGGACAUUUACUUGGACAAGCUUUUGAUAGCCGAGGGGAGAGCGACAGCCAUCGAAGGGUGAGAUAAUGGGGUGACUGAAAAAAUUUAGUCGGCAUUAACAAUAUUCGUAAUUUCAUUUCCUCUCGUGUUUUAUUUUCAUUGAAUACAAUGACAGAAGCGAUUUUAAGAAAUUACGAGUUGUUAUUAAUUGUGAAAGGUGAGAUCUUCAUGCCAGCUAAAAAAAAUAUUUUGUGGUUUCGCUGUGUAAAACUGUUAUCGGAAUUCGGAAUUUCCAAAUUUUUCUCUAUUUUUGAGAAUAUUUUAGUGGCGCUGUGUAUUUUUCUUUUUCCGUUCUUAUCUCAUACGACGACUGCAUCAAUCAAUGACGUUCCGUAAUCGCAAUUACUGUGUUUUUAAUUCCGGUGACGAUUUCGUGUAUCACUUACCGCAAAUUUUUUUUCUUACUCUACUUUUAAUUUUGCAUUCAUAGUAAGUAAAUACGAAGGAAGUGAGUAAAUAAUAGAUCGCGAUAUGAAUGUAUCGUAAAAAUUGACUAUAAAGACAGAUGAGAGAGAACGGGGGAUAAUUAUAUAGUGAAUAAGAUAACCUGAACAGACUGCUAAUUCUCUCAUUAUUAUUUUUUUUUUCUUGCGUUUUCCGCGUUUCUUUAUCUAUACGCUAUGUUGUACAUGAUAAACUGAUUUUGUUAUUAUCCUGGACUUACUUGACCUUGUUUAACGGAAAAGCUGAUAGUUUCUAACGUAACUAAAAUCACGAUCCGCUGGAAUAGCAAGAGAAUAGUAAGAAUAACAAAAUAAAAUUGCCAAAUUGCACCAAAAAAAAAAAAAAUAAAUAAAUAAAUAAAGUAAUAAAAAAAUAAUAAAAAUAAAGCUUUACACGAAGAAACAAAAACUUCCUCUUCAGUAGACUGUCGUGUUAUACUUGUAUAAUAUUUAAUACUAAUAAUAAUGAAAAGAAAAAUAAUGUAACAACUAUCGAAUAAAUAUAAGUAGAUCAGGCGCUAGUUUAAAAAAAAAAAAAAAAAACAUAUGGAUAUAUGUAUCCAUAUGAGAAUAUUUUUCGAAAUACUGCUACUACGUUACAAAAGAGUUUUUUUUUUUUUUUUUUUUUUUUUUAUAUAUAUAUAUAUAUAAUUCAAAUUUUUAUAUAUAUACGAUAUACAUGUAGUUAGCUAUAUAUUUAUACAGAGAUAUAUAGACGAAUUGCAUCGUCGAAACACCCACACAUAACGUGCUUGUGUAUGUAUAGGAUGAAAGUAACUAUGCCAUUCAUACACGCGUAUAACUUUUGGUAUAUUUCGGAUAUAUUUUUUUUUCCUUCUCAUUUUUAUAACUGGCUAAAAAUCGAGAAUUGGAAAAAAAAAUAAAGAAAAAACAGGAUUUAUGGAAAAACAACGAUUUAUUCCUCGUUGUUAUAUUGUGAUUAUUUGGGGGAAAAAAAAAACAAGAAAUCGCAUGCGAGAGAUUUUCUAAUUUUUUUUUUUUUGUUUUUUUUUUGUUCAAAUAUAAUUAUGAGACAACUUUAUCGUUGUUUUUCGUUUAAACGGUAUUUUUCUUUUAUCACCGCUUUUAAAAUACAUACAACCGCCAAAGCACAUCUCGUUCCAUUUUUGUUACAUAACAUUCCUAUCUAAAAUAUAAUAAUCAGAUGUUUUGUUUUUGAUUUUUGCUAUUCUCUUUAUGUUGUAUUUUGCUCUAAUUAUAUUUCUUUUUAUCACCUGUUACUAGUUAUUUGUGAUAAAAUAUAUUUCUUUAAUUAAUACCUAUUACCUGGCGAUAAUUAAAUAUAUACCUAUAAUAUCGCAUUGUAAACAGGGUUGUUUUUUUUUUUUUUUUUUUUGUUUUGAAUUUCGUAUCUUUACUUUCUUGUUUUUUAAUUCUUAUGUAUGUAUCGAAAAUUUAUGCAAUACGCAAAAUGUUUGUGGGCAGAGUUUUGUACCCUCAGUUGAAUACAGACGUGCCAAAUUGUUUAUUCCUACGUAAUUCCUAUAUCAUUCCUAAUAAUCGCGUCCACGUAAAUGUGAGAUGAAAAAAGAAAAAAAAAAGGAAAUGAAAUGCGAGAAUGGUGCAGAGUUAUGGAAUCCUUUUCCGUUUCUCUUCAUUCUCUUUGAUUUGAUCUUUUCUCAUUUUAUUGUUUUCCCUACUUUAACCAUUACAGUGUAAAAAUUUUCUCCAUUAUAAUCCGAUAAUUACAGCGUUACAAUUAUAACGUGUGACUACUUUUCUUCCUUGAUCUGAGAUCAUUAUCGAUUUGUUUCCAUAUCGUGUAUGUGUAUGUUAAUUAAUUGAUAGAAGAAUUAUUAUCGUUACAGUUAUUAUUAUAAGUAAGACAAAACAAGUUACGGUGAGACUAUAUGUAGUUUAUGUAUACAUACGAUAUAUAUAUAUAUAUAUAUAAUAUUAGUUAUGAUUACAUGAUAUUGUUGGUAUUGAACGAAAACGAAAAAAAAAGAAAGGAAAAAAACUUGUAGUAAUAACAAUUUUAUUUUUCCAAGUGUUACAAUAUCAUGUAUUUUAUAUUACCUAACAUUUGUUAUAAUACCAGUAUUAGACUGGCGCUCACGAGUCACGUUAACCGCCAAAGCUAUUAAUUAAUUAUAAUAAUAAACCCCUUUUUUCGAAUUUUGUUGGUUUAAUGAGUUAACUCAAGUUGUUAUUGCUAUUAUUACUAUCAUCGUCAUUACCAUAAUGAGUGAUAAUAAUUUUUAUAAUAAUCGUUGAAUGAUAUUCUUAUCAUUAAUAUAAUACUAAUUAUCCCAAAAAGUUGCAAUGAGUGAGGCAAUAACUUGUUCCUAUUAUAGAUACUCAAAAGCUGUUACGAUUCCAAAUUUGACGUUAUUAUUUUUUAAGAGAAGAUGAUUGAAGAAAGAAACAGAAAAACUUGUAAGUUUUCAGUAAAUAAA